AAAAAAGAAAAAGAAAAAAAAGAAAAAAGGGAAAAUAUUAAAAAUAAACAGGUGGAGACGGACAAGGGAUUAUAUUAUCUCAGCCUUUCUUUUCUUCUCUCCGCUGCCCUUUCCUAAUUAAAUUUCUCCUCCUCCUCCUCCUCGGAUUUUAUAUCCAUAUCCAUUGCUAUUUGUAUUCCUCUCCCCUCCUCCGCUCGCGCGAGCGACGUGGGAUUCGUUCACGGAGGCCGGGAGAGAGAUCGAGGAGAGAUCCAAGAAAAGAGAAAAAAAGCUAACCUCUUUCUCUCUCUGUCUUAGAAUUCGUUCCUUUGUUCCGAUCCGACACGCCGCCGAUACGGACGAGAGAUUGCAUCGGGUUCGGGACCGAGCCGCGGCGGCUGAGAUGAAUUCCGGCCGAUUUUGUCGAUAAAUCGGGCGGUAGGGCUCCGCGACGUCGAAUGCUCGCCCCGCAUCGCGCCGGUAGGCCGCUGCGAAACCCCCGCGCCUGUCUCCCCCGCCGCUCGCCAUGGACGUAGACGCCUCCAUGUCGACGGAAUCCGACCACGAUCCGGCCGCUGCCAACAACCACGACGGCCCCUCAGCGUCCUCCGCCUCCUCGCAGGCGACGGCAACGGUGCCGCCGCAGGAGCCGCGGCAGCCACCGCCGCCGCAGCCCGCCGCCGCCGCCGCCGCCGGCCCGCGGCCCGCGCCGACCUACUCGGUGGUGAACGCGAUCAUCGAGAAGAAGGAGGAUGGGCCUGGGUGCCGGUGCGGGCACACGCUGACCGCCGUGGCUGCCGUCGGGGAGGAGGGUACGUCCGGGUACAUCGGGCCGAGGCUGAUUCUCUUCGGCGGCGCCACCGCCCUCGAGGGCAACUCGGCCACCCCGCCGUCCUCUGCCGGGAGCGCCGGCAUCCGUCUCGCAGGUGCAACUGCUGACGUCCAUUGUUAUGAUGUGUUGUCAAAUAAAUGGACAAGGUUGACACCACUGGGGGAACCUCCGUCACCAAGGGCUGCACAUGUUGCGACUGCCGUGGGUACCAUGGUGGUAAUUCAGGGUGGAAUUGGCCCUGCUGGUUUGUCUGCAGAGGAUCUUCAUGUUCUGGACUUAACACAACAGCGACCACGAUGGCAUAGGGUUGUUGUCCAAGGACCUGGCCCUGGACCACGUUAUGGACAUGUGAUGGCUUUAGUGGGGCAAAGGUUUCUGUUGACUAUUGGUGGAAAUGAUGGGAAGCGGCCUUUAGCUGAUGUUUGGGCCCUAGACACUGCUGCCAAGCCCUAUGAGUGGAGGAAGUUGGAACCAGAGGGUGAAGGCCCGCCUCCAUGCAUGUAUGCAACUGCAAGUGCACGCUCUGACGGUCUUCUUCUGCUAUGUGGAGGGAGGGAUACAAACAGUGUACCCCUAUCAAGUGCAUAUGGUCUUGCAAAACAUAGGGAUGGACGUUGGGAGUGGGCUAUUGCUCCCGGUGUCUCUCCAUCUCCUAGAUACCAACAUGCAGCGGUUUUUGUCAAUGCUCGACUUCAUGUAUCUGGAGGAGCUCUUGGUGGUGGGCGUAUGGUAGAAGACUCGUCAAGCAUUGCAGUAUUGGAUACUGCUGCUGGGGUUUGGUGUGAUACAAAAUCUGUAGUCACGAGUCCCAGGACGGGGAGAUACAGUGCAGAUGCGGCUGGUGGAGAUGCUUCUGUUGAGCUAACACGACGUUGUCGGCAUGCAGCUGCUGCAGUUGGCGAUUUGAUUUUUAUUUAUGGAGGGCUACGUGGUGGUGUGCUUCUUGAUGACCUACUUGCUGCUGAAGAUCUGGCUGCUGCUGAAACAACAAGUGCAGCUUCCCAUGCUGCAGCAGCUGCAGCAACUGCCAAUGUACCAGCAGGAAGAUCACCUGGAGCACCUGGAAGAUUCACAUAUGCUGAUGAAAGAUCAAGGCAAGCUAUUCCAGAAGCAGUUCCUGAUGGUGCAGUUGUGCUUGGCAAUCCAGUUGCUCCUCCUGCUAAUGGGGAUAUGUACACCGAUAUAAGCACUGAAAAUGCCAUGCUGCAGGGACCAAGACUGAGCAAAGGUGUGGAAUAUUUGGUUGAAGCUUCAGCAGCAGAGGCUGAGGCAAUUAGUGCUGCUCUUGCAGCUGCUAAAGCCCGGCAAGUUAAUGGUGAUGCCGAGCAAUUGCCUGACCGCGAUCGUGGUUCAGAGGCUACGCCAAGUGGAAAAGAAAUCUCAAGCUUGAUAAAACUUCCUGAUGGUUCCCUUCCAAAUGACUCUGCACCACCUGGGGUUCGGCUACAUCACAGAGCAGUGGUUGUAGCUGCAGAGACAGGGGGUGCUUUGGGUGGCAUGGUCAGGCAGCUUUCCAUCGAUCAGUUUGAAAAUGAAGGCCGGAGAGUCAGCUAUGGUACUCCUGAGAGUGCAACUGCAGCUAGGAAAUUACUAGAUCGGCAGAUGUCUAUCAAUAGCGUGCCUAAAAAGGUUAUUGCACAUCUUUUAAAACCCCGCGGUUGGAAGCCUCCUGUACGCAGGCAGUUUUUUCUGGAUUGCAACGAAAUUGCAGAUCUCUGCGACAGUGCCGAAAGAAUAUUUUCAAGCGAGCCAAGUGUUUUGCAAAUCAAAUCUCCUGUUAAGAUCUUUGGUGAUUUGCAUGGUCAGUUUGGGGACCUUAUGCGCUUGUUUGAUGAGUAUGGUGCUCCUUCAACAGCAGGGGACAUAGCUUAUAUUGAUUAUCUAUUCUUGGGAGACUAUGUUGAUCGUGGCCAGCAUAGUUUGGAAACUAUUACUCUUCUCCUUGCGUUAAAGGUUGAAUAUCCUCAUAAUGUACAUUUAAUUCGUGGGAACCAUGAGGCAGCAGAUAUCAAUGCUCUAUUUGGCUUCCGGAUAGAGUGCAUCGAGCGAAUGGGAGAGCGAGAUGGAAUCUGGGCUUGGCACCGCAUAAAUCGACUGUUUAAUUGGCUCCCUUUGGCUGCACUAAUUGAGAAGAAGAUUAUCUGCAUGCAUGGUGGCAUUGGUAGGUCCAUAAAUCAUGUGGAGCAGAUUGAGAACCUUCAAAGACCAAUUACAAUGGAGGCAGGAUCAGUUGUUCUUAUGGAUCUGCUUUGGUCUGAUCCAACAGAAAACGACAGUGUUGAAGGAUUAAGACCAAAUGCUAGGGGGCCAGGCCUAGUUACUUUUGGGCCUGACCGUGUUAUGGAGUUCUGCAAUAACAAUGACUUGCAGUUGAUAGUACGAGCACACGAGUGUGUGAUGGAUGGUUUUGAACGUUUUGCUCAGGGACAUUUAAUUACUCUUUUUUCAGCAACUAAUUAUUGUGGCACUGCAAAUAAUGCAGGGGCAAUUCUAGUUUUGGGAAGAGACCUUGUAGUCGUUCCAAAACUUAUUCAUCCUUUACCCCCUGCCAUUAGUUCACCCGAAGCAUCACCAGAGCAUCAUAUUGAGGAUACAUGGAUGCAGGAGCUUAAUGCCAACAGACCACCAACACCAACUAGGGGUCGCCCUCAAGUAGCAAAUGAUCGAGGUUCUCUUGCCUGGAUAUAGUAAUCUGUCACAUAUUUAAUCCUUCCUCUUCUAUGGCCCGAGGCUCCCUCCUGGUGGUGAUGCGGCUGUUCCUCGUUUAGACACGAGGAAUUGUAUCUGUAAGAUAGGAGUCAACCAUGAUGGUCUGGAAGGGGUCAGCAGACAGCCACAUUUGAAAUUGCAGAGCAUCGGCUGACCAAGGGUGAAAUGUGUGAUCGGCAUGUAACUUAAUCCAUACCCUCCAGGUGGUUGGUUCGCUGAGCCAGAACUAGUUUGAUCUGGAGUUGCCUCAGUUCCUGCGAAACUUCACCUGUGUAUAUUCAACGUUGCUGGCAGAUAGGUGAGUGUAUGUGGUCUUCUAUGUUGCUCAUGGCAAUGAUGGAUAGGCUUACUGUACUAGGUAUUCUUUCUUAUUAUGUUUAGAUUCUUCUGUUCGGAAAACAUAAUAGUGUUGGUGAAAAGCAAUGAUGAGUUCUACAACCUAUAUUGGCAGUCAUGUAUGAUAGAUAUUUACAUACAGCAAUUUUUUGCUGUAAUUUCUCUGGUGCUGUGAUGUACAACAAUGUAUGUUUUGAGUGGAUAACAUAUUUGAGGUUUGCU